CACAUGUGCAUUGUGUGCGAUCAUCACAUCGCAACAUGGCGUCAUACAGUGUACGAUGAGAUUUGUGCCUUCCUCCAAAGAAAGUAGACGAAAUUAGUCUUCAGAUCAUCGUUAGUCGCGGAAACUUCGAAAACUACGGAGAGAGCAUUCCCGCCACUUCCGAAAUAUGCAAUCUGUGUUGGUGUACGGGCGGCAUUUUGCCCGUUGCGUCAUGGGGUAUAUUCCGUACGAUGCCUCGGCGAGCGUUGACCUGCCCGGCCGGCGAUCAGCCCGGCGGCAGAUGCAGCUGGUCACCGCCUCGUGCGGCUUCUCCAAAGACUCGGCAGCAAACAACAACAGACCCGGCCAAGUAUUCAAAAAGGACAUUUUUGGCGAUGAUGCCUGUUUUGUUGCCAAGUACAAAAACUACGAUGUUCUUGGUGUAGCAGAUGGCGUUGGUGGUUGGAGAGAUUACGGCAUCGAUCCUUCCCAGUUCCCCAGUCAGCUCAUGAAGACCUGCGAACGGCUGGUCAAAUUAGGUCACUUCAAUGCCCAGUCGCCGGUAGCCAUCAUAGCCACUAGUUAUAAGGAACUACUGGAAAACAAAACGCCGUGCAUAGGUAGCAGCACAGCAUGCAUCAUCGUCAUCGAUAACGAGAGCAAGACAUUACACUCGGCCAACCUAGGGGACUCAGGGUUCCUGAUUGUCCGAGGGGGUAAAGUUGUGCACCGGUCGGAGGAGCAGCAACAUUACUUCAACACUCCCUUCCAGCUCUCAAUAGCGCCCCCAGGGUUGAACACAAUACUCAGUGACAGUCCCGAGUCAGCUUCGAGUUCAAGUGUCCCCAUCAAAGUUGGAGACAUCGUCCUGAUGGCCACAGACGGCCUGUUUGAUAACAUGCCAGAGAGUCUCAUCCUGAAAGAAAUAGGCAAAAUCAAGGAUCAGACGAUUAGCAGUAUACAAAGUGCGGUCAACGCCAUAGCAGAACGAGCCAGGGAGUUUGCUUAUGACCCCAACUACAUGUCGCCGUUCGCGGAGCACGCGAGAGCGAACGGAAUGGAGUUCUUAGGAGGUAAACCAGAUGACAUCACGGUACUAAUCUCAGCAGUUUGCUAUGCCCAAGACAUUGACUCAUAACGUCUGGCCUAGGGGAGCUCAACUAGUCUCCCUUCCAGCUGCUAACAAAAUGUACUCCCUUGUUCACUAGAUCAGACUCCGUUACAAAGACUAGGUCAUUCCACACCUUUUUUCCCCCUGUUCUCCUUUAAAAGUUAUAGUACAAGGAGCUGGGUACCAGUCAUUGUGUUCCUUGGUUGUGCUCACUGGCUCCUGCGUCCUUCUUUCAAAGUUAUGAUGGUGGAAGUGGGAACUUGUCUUUAUAGUGCCCCGUUGUUUGGCAACUCACAUUUUGAGCAAUGCCAUUACUAGCCAUGCAAUAAGGUACGGAUUUUAAUUGUCACACGCUUCCUCUGUGUAGGUGUUCUCUUGUUUAACAGAAUAGCCAAACAUCACUCAACUUCAUUGUGUGGCAAUAAAUACCAAGGUAGCCUAA